AUGGCCACGCGCAACCACAACAACGCCGCCGCGGCUGCCGCUCCGCAGCUCCGCCAUCACAGCCGAGGCGCUGUUCCCGCUCUUGGAAAGAGCAAGGUCGUGCCCGGCCGAGCAGCUGACGCCAUGAACCGGCGACCCCCCCUCGGCGAUAUUGGCAACCUCGUCACCGCCCGCCCAGCCGAAGGGAAGCCUCAGCCGCAGGAACAGCAGGUCAAUCGCCCCAUCACGAGAAGCUUCGGUGCUCAACUCGUGAAGAAUGCUCAGGCGAAUGCCGCCAUCAAGAAUGCCGCAAUCCUACCUGCGAGGCAUGCGCUGAGGCAGGACAGGAAGGCUCCUGCCAAGCUGCCGCUGCCUGAAGAUAUCAUAGUAGUCAGCUCCGACUCUGAACAGAGCAGGACGCAGUCCGAGAGCAGCGCUAGCUCCGUCCGCUCGAGGAGGAAGGCCAUCAACACCCUUUCUUCUGUGCUCUCUGCUCGCUCAAAGGCUGCCUGUGGAAUCGCUGAUAAGCCAAGACAAGUGAUCGAAGACAUCGACAAGUUGGACGUCAACGAUGAGCUCGCAGUCGUGGAAUACAUUGAGGACAUCUACACGUUCUACAAGAUUGCUCAGCACGAGAGACGGCCAUGUGACUACAUUGAAGCCCAAGUCGAGAUCAACGCUAAGAUGAGGGCUAUCCUGGUUGAUUGGAUAAUUGAAGUGCACCACAAGUUCGAACUGAUGCCAGAAACUCUCUACUUGACCAUGUACAUCAUUGAUCAGUACCUCUCGCUGCAACCAGUCCUGCGAAGGGAGCUGCAGCUUGUCGGCGUUUCAGCUAUGCUGAUCGCCUGCAAGUACGAGGAGAUUUGGGCCCCAGAGGUGAACGACUUCAUCCUUAUAUCAGACAGUGCUUACAGCAGGGAGCAGAUUCUUUCGAUGGAGAAGGGGAUUCUGAAUAGGCUGGAGUGGAACUUGACUGUCCCUACAGUAUACAUGUUCCUUGUCCGUUUUAUGAAGGCGGCGACCUUGGGUAACAAAGUUGAGAAAGAGAUGGAGAAUAUGGUCUUCUUCUUUGCUGAAUUGGCGCUGAUGCAAUACGACUUGGUGACGCGUCUACCUUCGCUGGUUGCAGCUUCUGCUGUCUAUGCAGCCAGGCUCACUCUCAAGAGGGCCCCCGUUUGGACCGACACCCUUAAGCACCACACAGGCUUCAGACAGUCAGAGGCAGAGCUAAUUGAAUGCACGAAGAUGCUGGUGAGAGCACACUCGACUGCCCCUGAGAGCAAGCUGAGGGUUGUGUACAAGAAGUAUUCCAGCGAGCAGUUCGGAGGGGUCGCGCUUCGUCCACCCGCAGUGGAGAUCUGCAAGUAA